AUGGAGGGAGCGCAAUCGGCACUGCGGCACAGAUUGCAGUACAGGAGUGGGGAUCAAGGGGUAAAUAAAGCGGCAAAUGGGGCGGCAAAUGGGGCGGCAAAUGGGGCGGCAAAUGCAAAGGAAAACACCAAUGACACGACAAAAACAGACGCCACGGCCAGCACGAACGCCGCGGCCAGCGAAGAGACGAGCUUCCCCCCAGUGGAAAACACCCUCAUUAAGGUAACCCUCUUCGUAGUACUGAUAAUACACACAUUGCUCAUCUAUGUGACUAUAAAAACGAUGAAGAUGGAAAAGUUAAAAUACAAACUGAAGGAAGAGAGUAUCAUUUUCAUCACAGAAGUAAUAAAAUUGAUUAUCUCCAGCUUCCUCUAUCUGCACGAGAAUAAAUUCAAUCUAACUUGGGUGCGAGAAAACAUCACUGAUGUAUUGACCAAGAAGAGGAGUUACGUCAUCUCCCUAACCGUGCCCACCAUCAUGUACUACUUUCAGAACAUAUUUUUUUAUGUCUCCAUGUCGAGUAUUCCCAUCCCCUUAUUCCAACUGCUAUACCAGUUUAGGAUCCUCGUAGUGGUCCUUUUUACUUAUAUUCUUUUGAAGAGGAGAAUAAAAAUGUCGCAGCUCAUUUCGAUUGUCUUCCUGUUCCUUUCGCUGGUGUGUCUGAAGGAUUACAACCUGGGGAAGGACGCGCAUAAUUGGGGUAUCAGAAAUGCACCCAGUAGGGGUAAACUGAUCCACGCACACACCGAGCGAUUCUGGAACGUUUUCCCUUUAGAAGACAACGACGUGAAGGACCUCAAGGCAAUUCUGCUUUACAACAUGAAGGCGAAGUCUCUAAAUAGGAACACCCCAUUCGUUUUCUCUACCCUUUGGAGAGCAUUAAAAAAAAGGGAAGUCUUCCUAAAUAUGCUGAACAGAACUUCGUGCCCCCAGUCCGUGUCUCACCCUGACCCCAAGAGAAUUUCCUACGAUGUAGUAAAUCAUUCGAAGAGAAUCUCGACAGAUGGGUCGAUAACUGACGUAGAAGCAUGUAAGGUCGGGACUACACCGAGGGAUGCUACCCCUUCACAUGGGCACCCCUGCCAUCAUAAGUACCCGCCCGGUAAUACGGUGACGCCGAAGAAAAAUACACAAAAUAACAUCAUAACAGGUGUCCUGACAACCUUUUUGGCAACCUUCACCAGUGGGUUUUCCUGCGUCUUCCUCGAGUCACUCUACCUCAACUAUAGAUACUCCUUCUGGUUUCAGAAUAUGUUCCUGGCCUUUUUCACAAUCAUUCUGAGCCUCUCCACCAGGCACUUGGACAUAUCAUCAGUGUUUAGGAGGUUACCUCGAGGGGGGGAAGCCCCAAAGGGAGAAGUCAUAGAGGCAAACGCCUCGAAGGAAGAAGUCGUGAAGGUAAACGCCGCGAGGGAAGAGCACCGUCCCACGGGUGCACCCCGCCACGGGGAGGGACAACCAGAUGACGGGCCUCUACCAAACGGAGUGACUCUUCUUCCUUCCACUCAUUUUAACUCGGUAAGGGAAUUCCUAUACGUUGCCUUGCUGAUAAUCCUAAACAGCGUCGGCGGGAUCAUAACGUCUGUUUUUAUCAAACACGUGGGGAGCUUUUCCCGCUUCUUUGUCACUCCAAUUAGUUUGUUAUUAAAUACAUACAUAUCCUCCAUUUAUUUUAAAGAUUUUCGCUUUACGAUGAAUUACUUCAUUUCGCUUGUGUUUGUUUCUUUCUCUUUGUUCUUUUACUUCAGAGGAUGCAUGUAG